CUUGCCUUUGUUUCCAUUGGUACAUCUGUCCUGACAUUGACGGUCAUGACCUUUGAUCGCUACCGUGCAAUCGUGCACACAAUGAGGAGGCCGCUGACGCCAAAGCUCACCGCUGUAGCAAUCGGCUCAACAUGGGUUAUUUCAGGCCUGGUGUUUGCCAGUGAGCUCUACAAGUACAAGCUUUUCAACGCAGCGGGUCAAGUCAUGUGCGCAUCAAGAUGGGUUGAAGAUGUUCAAGAGUCGAACAAAAUCACGAUGUACGAGUUGAUCGUUCGGUUUGUCCUGUUAUACCUGAUCCCUCUUCUCACCAUGGCCGUUCUGUAUACUAGGAUUGUGCUGCAUCUGUGGAAACGAAAGGCUCCUGGAGAGCACAUUGAUAAAACCCAUCAGCGCAUCGAAAAACAGAAUCGUAAAAUCAUCGUCAUGCUGGUUACCAUAGUAGCAAUUUUUGCCAUUUGUUGGCUUCCAGCACACGUCAAUCACUUUCUGGCGACGUUUAACUUCAAUGUGUACAGCUGUCUACCUACCUCAUUGGUGCUAACACUUUAUUUUGUGACGCACAGUAAUACUGCCAUUAACCCGUGCCUGUAUCUGAUAUUCAAUGAGAACUUCCGAGGAGCAUUUACACGCCAGCUGCACAUGCGUCACAGAAUCCGUGGUGUUUCUCUCACCGUUAGCAAUAGUUUGUCUAAAAUUGGCUCACGAGCAAUCAGUGGAGGCCCCACUGAAUGCCAUGGUCCAAAAGUUCCCAAUUAUCUGAGGGAAAGUGCAGUUUGAAAUCAGAUUACAGAUCUGUAUAUUCAUUACCCUUGACAAAGUUGUGUUUAAAUAUUGAUCUUAAAGUUAUUAUCAGGGUCAGCAAUUGCUCUCUUUUUGCCCCGGUGUCAAGACCUACGAGUUCAUAGUGAAAGGAUGAUGGAUUUGAAAUUUGAUCUUUGCUAUUAUUGCAUUCCAAUAAAAGUAGCCCUCCUUGAUGUUUCAAAAGGUAAUUUAAAGAGACCUCCAAAUGCCAUUGCAGUUUUCGUCAGAGAUUCGUCAAUAACCAACUCAACCGUAAAGCUUUAACCACACUUCCAUAAUCCUUCAUUUCAGGACUCUCUUAAGAGCGCCAAAUUUAUGAGGUGCAUAUGUUGAGAGGCGAGUUACGCCGUCUUUUCCAUUCCAUAGAAAAGUAAACGUUAGAAUUUGAAUUCCUUUAUAAUUAAAUUCAACAGGUCACACCUUCUUGCCGGUAAAUGGAUAACCCUCUUAUUUUCCAUAAAUUUAUUUGCUCAGUAUAAUUCAUGGCAGGAAAAAAAUAUACAUUAAAAAAAGAAAGGCAAAUCACCCAAAUAUACAAACAGAAAAAAGAGACAAAAGGGAUGUAAAAUAAAAGUAACCAUAAGGAGGACCGUAAAGAAUCUACGACCCCAUACUGUGCGAGCCACCACAAAUAAUGACUGAUUACCACAACAGGACCAUGAUUAAAAGACAAUAUCGGCUGAAAUAUGGGACACUGGCGCGUCAUUCUUAUUGCUGCUGUUAUUCCGCGCCGCUAGAAGACCCUAGUCAACUUUCUUGUUAAGAGAGUUGAACAGUUGAACCCAGUCAGGAAAAGGGACACUACUGAAAUAUGAGUAUAAUAUUCAAAGUUCCUGCAUGAUAUGGCAAGUUUUCGCUUUUGAAACUUGUUUUGGACACUGAUUCUACUCGUAACUUGGCGGCGCAUUCUAACGGUGGGCAACACUCAAACAAAGCUAUGGCAUUUUCUGCUCAAAAUUCUCUUCAGGCAGGCAAAUUCUACCCCAGAAUCUCUGCUCGAGAUAAGUGAGCGAUCAGCUCAGGUACAUCUUGUAACGAUAAAUCGUAGCAAACACCGCGUAGAAAAACACCCGUUCUCGUUCGCAGUGAGUCGACCAACUGUAAGCAAAUCUUACGUUGUGCGGUACCGCUUGGCAGAUAGAGGGAUCCCUUUUGAUUGAAUAAACUCGCAAUGAAAAGCAGCAGUUACGAACGAUACUCAGCAAUUGCAAUUAGUUGUGAAGUGUAUGUCUGUUUCAAAAUUUCCAACUAUUACCUUUUGGGAUGCUAACUGUUUCGAAUCCUGUCCGAAUACCCCUCAACUGAUUUCGGCUAAAAAAUGCGACGUUCUGUGGGCGCAAUUCUGGCUGACGAUGGUAACGAAUAACGCUCGAGCUUCUAGCCUCAGGUCUAUAACUAGCAGAAUAUAUACAGUCCCACUCUCUGACUAAGCGGAACCGGAAACUAGCAUAUCAGCACCUACUAUACACAUCUUAAUUUGUUACCAACAACCCAAGGGAUUUCCAGGUGGUCCUGUGGGAUGAGCCGCGCGCGGCUCAUCCAGGGUCGCAUCUGGCGGUCGCAAGUUCAAGUCUCGAUAUGUCAUUAAAGGGGUUAUUCUCGGACGGCUUGGGGGUCCAAUAACCUCUCCCCCGAUCGAGACUCGAACUCGGGCCAGGAAGAAAAUCCCGAGCCACGCCACAGAAUUUUUUGUUUAAUUAAUUGAUUG